GACACAUCAGUCUAUAUAUAUAUAUAUAUAUAUAUAUAUGUAACACCUCUGUAGUGUAGCCACCACCAAUCACAAAUAGCCCUCUUGGCCUUCAAUUUCGUCCAAUUCCAAAUCAUGGCUAGCUCUUCAGUUUUCACGUCUUACAUUGUUUUGAGUCUAGUGAUGGCACUAGCAAUUAGCGGUUUCAAUUUCAAAGGGGCAGAGGCAGCACGUGCCUUCUUUGUGUUUGGUGAUUCUCUCGUUGACAAUGGCAACAACAACUACUUAGCCACCACAGCUAGAGCAGACGCUCCACCUUAUGGCAUUGAUUAUCCAACUCGCAGACCCACUGGCCGUUUCUCUAAUGGCCUCAAUAUUCCUGAUUUUAUCAGUCAAGAACUUGGGUCAGAGUCCACGUUGCCAUAUUUAAGUCCUGAGCUCAACGGGGAAAGAUUGCUCGUGGGUGCCAACUUUGCUUCUGCUGGCAUUGGAAUCCUCAAUGACACUGGAGUCCAAUUUGUAAACAUCAUUAGAAUCACAAGACAACUGGAAUACUUCCAAGAAUACCAACAAAGGGUGAGUGCCCUCGUCGGAGAUGAGAAAACAAAGGAAUUAGUAAAUGGAGCACUAGUCCUCAUCACCUGUGGAGGUAACGAUUUUGUGAACAACUACUACUUGGUGCCUAACUCUGCUAGAUCCCGCCAAUUCGCUUUGCCAGAUUAUGUCACGUAUGUGAUCUCUGAGUACAAGAAGGUUCUGCGGAGGCUAUAUGAUCUUGGAGCACGUAGGGUGGUGGUGACAGGAACUGGUCCACUGGGUUGUGUUCCAGCGGAAUUAGCCCUGCGUGGCAGAAAUGGAGAAUGCUCAGAGGAGCUGCAGCGUGCCUCUGCCUUGUACAACCCACAACUUGUUGAGAUGAUCAAACAACUCAAUAAGGAAGUUGGUUCAGAUGUCUUCGUUGCAGCCAACACACAACUCAUGCACGAUGAUUUCGUCACUAAUCCUCAAGCAUAUGGAUUUAUUACGUCAAAAGUAGCAUGUUGCGGUCAAGGACCCUUUAAUGGUCUUGGACUAUGCACGGUAGUGUCCAACUUAUGUCCAAACCGUCACGAAUUCGCGUUUUGGGAUCCAUUCCAUCCAUCGGAAAAAGCUAACAGGUUGAUCGUUCAGCAGAUUAUGUCAGGAACCUCAAAGUACAUGCACCCAAUGAAUCUCAGCACUAUUUUGGCCUUGGAUUCCAAGAAAUACUAAUCAUACAUCUUCCAUACACUACAGUUACAGAAAAGCAGCGUUUGUUAAUUUAUUUGUGUGAUAUUUCCGUAUUGGAAUGUCCAGAAAGUGAAGAAUUAUAUAUGUUUUUCCGCUCCUUCGAAUAAUGACAUGUGCCUUCCUCUCCAUUGAAGCAAAGAGAAACCGCAGAAUAAGUGAGUUCUUUUGUGUGAUUUUGAGGAAUGAGAAUGUAUUUAGGGGAGGGUCAAUUGAUACUACUUCUAUCUUGGAUCUUAUUAGGGUCUAGUUAUGGUUUUGGUUUUGAGAAAAAUUAGAGGGUUCUUACUAUUCAGAUUGGUAUAUUGAACCUUUCUAUUGUAUCUCUUAGUGUUGACCUACUUUGUAUCUUGUUAAUGGAUUAGAGUACUCCUUGUACUCUCCAAAAUCUAUUAAAAUUUUGCUUAUGAAAAAAGUUGGUAAUCUUCAAUAAACUCUUGUUUUUUAAUCUU